UUCACAGAUGGGAUCCGGUGUUCCAACCCACGGAGAAAAUGCGGCCUUUGACUGAAGAAGAGACCCGUGUCAUGUUUGAGAAGAUCGCGAAAUAUAUCGGGGAGAAUCUUCAGCUGCUGGUGGACCGGCCCGAUGGCACCUACUGUUUCCGUCUGCACAACGACCGGGUGUACUAUGUGAGUGAGAAGAUUAUGAAGCUGGCCGCUAAUAUCUCCGGGGACAAGCUGGUGUCGCUGGGGACCUGCUUUGGAAAAUUCACUAAAACCCACAAGUUUCGGUUGCACGUCACAGCCCUAGAUUACCUUGCACCUUAUGCCAAGUAUAAAGUAUGGAUAAAGCCUGGUGCAGAGCAGUCGUUUCUGUAUGGGAACCAUGUGUUGAAAUCUGGUCUGGGUCGAAUCACUGAAAAUACUUCUCAGUACCAGGGCGUGGUGGUGUACUCCAUGGCAGACAUCCCUUUGGGUUUUGGGGUGGCAGCAAAAUCUACACAAGACUGCAGAAAAGUAGACCCCAUGGCGAUUGUGGUAUUUCAUCAGGCAGACGUUGGGGAAUAUGUGCGGCAUGAAGAGACGUUGACUUAAAGUCAUUGCAAGAACAGGCGGCUGUAUGGAAGGGCCGAGCGUUGUUUCCUGUGUUUGUGUGGACUCCACCAUCGUGUUGAAUUUUGUCAACACUCUGACCUCUUCGGGACUUCUUGUUUACUGUACUCUCUAUCAUUGACAAAUACAGGCUGGAUUCUUAUUAUAUACAGAGAUAGCUCAAAAAUGGGGUUUCAGACCUUUGUGUUUGUGAUGAAAUAGAAUACUCUGUUUCAUAUUUGAAUCAGAGGGCUUCUUGUUCUGAGAAAUAGGUUCAAAAUCAUUGGAACUAGGAACAAGAAUAGCUUGUUAUCUGUGAUAACACUUUGUUUUCUAAACUCAUGAUAAGAACACAGGGAUUGUCUUUUUUAUUAAUAUGCAAGAUAGAUAUUUCCAUAACAGAAUAAUAAACCACAUGUGGGGUUUUAAAAAUGAAAUUUGUCUAAAACAGUAAGAGCAAUUCAGCUAUUUUUCCAUACGAUAAUUGGUGUGUGGUAUGAAAGAAAAACGUAAUCAAACCCCACUUCUGCCACCUACCAGCUAUAUGGCCUCGAAUGAGUCAUUCAGCUUUAAUAAGGUUUGUUUUCUUCUGUUUAAAAAGAUACAAAACUUAAAAAAUAGCUUUGGCCAUCUACCUGAGAAUUAGAAAUUCUGAUUUUUGGAAUUAGAAAUCAUGAUUGUAGGCUGGGCACAGUGGCUCACGCCUGUAAUCCCAGCACUUUGGGAGGCCAAGGCGGAUGGAUCACUUGAGGUCAGGAGUUUGAGACCAGCCUGGCCAACAUGGUGAAACCCCAUCUCUACUAAAUAUAAAAAAAAUUAGCCAGGUGUGGUGGCACGUGGCUGUGGUCCUAGCUACUUGGGAGGCUGAGGCAGGAGAAUGGCUUGAACCGGGGAAGCAGAGGUUGCAGUGAGCUGAGAUGGUGCCAUCACAUUCCAUCCUGGGCAACGGAGUGAGACUCUGUCUCAUUGUAAAGCAUCUAGUACGGUGUACAGUGCCUGGGAAAUGAUAGGUGUGGAAUAAAUUGUAAGAAUUAUUUUUAUAUUAUAUA